GAAAAAUAAAGUUUAAAAGACUAGAAUUAUGAAAAUUAAAAUUUUUUAUGACUUUUUAAGUACCCAAGCAUACUAUUUGCUUCGUUUGGACGUUGGUACUAAUUAUGUUACCUUGUACAUGAUGAUGGUAAUUAUAAAUACUAAACUUGGUCUCUUGUCAUAAUAAUUUUAAUUUAAAUAAGUAUGAUUUUAUUUUGCUAUCUAUUUAAAAGUAGAACGUAAAAUAAAAAAUGUUAUUUUAAGUAAAUAGAAAUGACUCUUGUAUUCAAAUAAAAAAAAUAAUUAAAACUGUUUGCGAAAUAUUAAAUUUUGGUGGGAAUGGAAAGAAAAUUGUUUAACACAAUUGAAAUUGGUUUUAUAGUUGUCGGGAAUAAUUUUUGAUUACUAGAUACUAUUGGUUACAAGAAGAGAAUUUAUGUGAUGGCACGAAUUGCGCACGUAGAGUUUUUGGAAAUGCACUUGUAUGUAGUAGAGAAGCGUAAAUAAACUAUUUUUAAGUAGAUGUCUGUCUGUGCAAAUCUGUAUUUCAAUUUCGUCUGAACCGAUUUCAUUUAUCUGAGCUUACUUUGGUUAUAUCACGGUUUAAUUAACUUUUCGGAUAAUUAAGGUUUCGAAAACUUGGUCAUUACUAUACGAGCUUUAUAUUUUUGAUUUAUUUUAAGUAUAUAUGCAAAAGAUUAAAAUGAAAUUUUAUAUGUAAGCUUAUGUGUAUUCUCAACAACACCGUUUUUCAAGAAUGGCUUAACAAAAAGUCUAGCUUUUCAAGGAAAUCAGGCGUCAAUAACUGUAAUACAUUUUCGCGCAUAUGAAGAGAUAUAUUUGAACUUAGAACGUUAAAACAAUAAACUAGUUAAUUUUUUCAAAAUAUUAUAGCUGAGAACCUGGACUUUUACGGGGGGCCGAUUUUACAUUUUUUAUUAUAUCUUAAAAAUAAAUUGACAGAUAUUCUUGAAAAGUAAUAUUUGACUUCUGCUUGCUACCGGAACUAGCUAAGAAACUUUUCGGGGAUCUCGGGUAAGCAUAAAUCGAAGUGGUUUACUAAGAGCUGAUUUCCAUUUUUCUAAGUAUGUUAAAUAAAAGCUUAGUAGCGUUCUUAAAAAUUGGUAUUGCACAAGACUAUGAAAAGUUAAUAAAUAUUUGGAUUGCUAAACCAAAAAGCAUAUCUAUGUGGUCGGUAAUACACGAUUAACAUCAGAUUUAUUUCUUUUGCUACAUACAAAAAAAUAAAAAAUAAAAAUAUGUAUGUAUAUACAUAAAUUAAUUGAAACAAUGUUGAAAUUUCAAAAGUUUGAGCGCAAAUGAUUUCCUAAACUUUUAAUAAAUUUUGCACAUAAUAUACAUAGGUUAUUAUGUAAAUAUACAUAAGUGUUGAUGCGGAAAAAUUAAGCGUACACGUAUCCAUUGAGUUGUAUAAAAUCGAAUUGACAGGUUGUCUUUCUGGCUUUUAAAAUUAAUUUGUCAAAUUUUUUCAAAAAUUUUAUUUUAUAUACAUAUGUAUUUUAGUUAUGUAUAUCUGUUAUUUUUACAUUUUGUUUUUAUUUUGUUUUUUGCAGAUGAAAAUAAAAUUAUAAUCACUAUAGUUUAAAAUUGGACUAAAUUUCGUUUUGAUUUUUACUGCAAAUUUCAAUUAAAUUACUAAACUAAAACCAUAUUUAAAUUCUAAUUAAUAUUACAAUGGAAGAUUCUGAAAAUGGUUAUGUUAAUAAAGGAUAUACCACUCAAAAUAAUAAUAAAUCAGUUCCUAUUAGUUACAACAGCGGAUUUAAUAAUCAACAUAGUUCUGUUUAUACAAUAUCAGAUAAUAUUCCAUUACAAGAUCAGAAGACUCAAUCAAUUCCAGUGAACGAUUCUUUGGUCAGUAAUAGCAAUGAAAUUCUCACAUCUACUGAAGACAAACACAAAAGAGUAGAGAGUCGUGAUAAAUGGGGUAGUGAUAUUGAAUUUUUAUUCUCAUGUAUAGCACUAUCGGUAGGAUUAGGAAAUGUUUGGCGUUUUCCCUUUACAGCACUAGAUAAUGGUGGUGGAGCAUUCUUAAUACCAUAUCUAAUUGUGUUGAUAUUAGUUGGAAAACCUGUAUAUUAUAUGGAAAUGGUAUUGGGGCAAUUUUCAAGCCGUGGUAGUAUUAAAGUUUUCGAUUUUUCACCAAUAAUGAGAGGUGUUGGUUAUGGACAAGUUAUGGGAACAACAAUUGUUGUAACAUACUAUGCAUCGUUAAUGGCUUUAACAGUUCGAUAUUUCGUAGCAUCUUUUGCGUCAGUCUUGCCAUGGAGUUAUUGUAGGGAAGAAUGGAAUACAGAAUGUAUUAAUUCAUCUUUAAAAAUCGCAAAUCUUGAUUUAGAAAAUAAUAUAAGCGCUGUUUCAUCAAUGCACACAAAAGAUUUGUUUGGACAUAAAAGAACAUCAGCUGAAUUAUAUUUUUUGAAAGAGAUUUUAAAAGAAAAAACUACAAUACAUGAUGGCAUAGGUGUACCUAAUUGGGAAUUGGUAAUAUGCUUAGCUGUAUCAUGGGCUGUAGUAGCAUUAAUUUUGAUUCGGGGUAUUAGAAGUUCUGGGAAAGCUUCAUACUUUUUGGCAAUAUUUCCAUACGUUGUUAUGUUAGUUCUCUUAGUCCGAGCAUUGACACUGCCAGGUGCCUUUAAUGGAGUGCUUUAUUUCAUUAAUCCUCAAUGGGAUCAGUUAACAAAUCCCAAGGUAUGGUAUGCAGCUGUUACUCAAGUGUUCUUUUCUUUAGCAAUUUGCUUUGGUAAUAUAGUUAUGUAUGCGUCAUAUAAUAGAUUUUCUCAGAACAUUUAUAGGGAUGCAACAAUUGUUACAACAUUGGAUACGUUUACAUCUUUAUUAGCUGGAAUUAUAAUUUUUGGAGUAUUAGGAAAUUUAGCUUAUGAAACUGGAACAAAUGAUAUCAAAUCUGUAGUUAAAGGGGGCUCUAGCUUAGCUUUUGUGUCAUACCCAGAUGCGAUUGCGAAAUUCGCUUUUAUUCCGCAGGUAUUUUCAGUUUUGUUUUUUGUGAUGUUAUUCGUAUUAGGAAUUGGAAGUAAUGUUGGAAUGGCGUCAUGUAUAAUGACUGUUAUACGAGAUCGUUUCUCAAACUGGAGUCAUUGGAUGGUGGCGUUGGGAAUAUCAAUUGGUGGUUUUGCAAUUGGUAAUAUUUAUUUAACUCCUGGUGGACAAUAUAUGUUGAAUUUGUUAGACUUUUAUGGAGCGUCAUUUGUGGCCUUUGUAUUGGCAAUUGCUGAAUUAAUUGCUGUAGGAUGGAUUUAUGGGGUAAAACGAUUAUGCAAGGAUAUUGAAUUUAUGUUAGAUAAAAAAACUGGAAUUUAUUGGAGAAUUUGUUGGUCUUUGAUAACUCCAGGUUUGAUGAUUGCAAUUUUGUUAUAUACCAUUAUAGAUAUGAGCCCAUUGAAAUAUGGAGAUUAUAUAUAUCCAGAUAGUUUAUACACAUUUGGAUGGUGUCUGUCAGCAUUUGGUAUAUUACAGUUACCGCUGUGGGGUAUUUAUGCAAUGACAAAACAAAAAAAUAUAAGCAUUUGGCGAAAAUUUUUAUCAGCAUUUAAUCCGCAAGAAAAUUGGGGUCCAAUAGAUCCAGUGUUGAGAGAAAAAUAUAAACAAUUUAUUAUUAAUAGUAAUAGUUCUGAAAGAAAAUCUCGAGGUAUAUUUCAUAAAAUUUAUGACAACAUUUUUGGAUGAUGAUUUUCCUAAUAUAUUUUGUAAAUUUUUGUUUUAGUGUUAUUUUUUAAUUAUUAUUAAAGUUUGUAAGUUAAUUUUAUUAAAAUGAAUUUUUUAACUAAGUAGGUAGUUGUAAGCAGCAACGCAUAUACAUGUUUGUGCUGUGUAUAGAUAUCUGAAUAUAUGCUUUAAAGAUCAAUUAAAGAACUGCCCUUCAAAAUUUUAAUCAAAUUAAAAAAUAGUAUUCUAAGGCUAUAGACUUAAUAGAAAAUUUAAGAAACUUUACAAAUAGUUGUAUAUUAAUAGUUUUUAGCAAUUUUUAUAUAUAACUAUUUAAGUAAUAUCAUUUAAAACUGACUUGUAUUGCAUUAUGGUUACUAUUAUGGUGUAAUAACUUUUAUAUAUUGCCAUACUCUGAUAUACGAUUAUUGU